GGCUAUCCCGCUUGCCGCCUAGUUUAAUGUAUCAUGGUAAUGCUACUUCCGCCUUUCUGAACGCACCUCGCACUCCCUGACUCUGAGAAGGUAAAGCCAGCGUCGAACCGGCUCCUCGCUCCCGGUUCCCUGCUUCCUGUUCCGUCGGAGGCACCAAGCUCAGCCCUGUAAAGACCCUGCCCUUCCCCGGCAGCAGAUGGAGGCCGAGGAGGGCCCGACUUCUGGCUGCCUCAUGGCCGCCUUUCAGGAGCCGGUGACCUUCCGGGACGUGGCCGUGGACUUCACCUGGGAGGAGUGGAGGGUCCUGGAGCCGGCGCAGAAGGCCCUGCACAGGGACGUGAUGCUGGAGAACUUCCAGAACCUGGUCUCUGUGGGGAUUCCUGUUUCCAGGCUGGAUGUGAUCUCCCUGUUGGAGAAGCCAGAAGGAGCCUGGAGUCCCGAGAACAGAGACUCCAAUGGGUCUCAUCAAGAUUCCCUUAGCAACAAAAUCAAAUUUAAAAUAAGGGGCUCAAAUCUGAUACAGAACCUUUCUGAGGCAUCAUCCAAAAAGAUACUUCCAAAGGGCACAGCCAGGCACUGCAAGAUGGAGAAAUCCGGAGAAUUUGAUAAUGAUUUAGAAAAACCCAAGGGCAUCCUGGAGCAACGACCUAGACAAAUAACAGUUACUCCCAGAACAACUUUUAAUCAAGGAAGUGGAUCUCAGAGCAAUCUAUUUGGGAAAAGAUUUAGUUUUGAACCAGUCUUUUCACUGUGGAGAGAAACAAUGGGAAAAAGUGUCUAUAAAUAUAAGACACUUGGAAAGGGCAUCAAAGAUUUUCCUAGUCUACUUUCUCACAAUCCAUAUUCCUUAGAGAAGAAUUUUUCUAAGGAUAUCAAAUGUAAGAAGCCCUUUAGAUACCACUCAGACCUAAUUAAAUUUCAAAGAAUACACGCUGGUGAGAAGCAAUGUAAACACAAGAAAUAUGGCAAAGCUGUUGGCACAAGGGUGAAUUUUGUUGACUGUCAAAACAGAGGCAAACAUGAGUGUAAGCAAUAUGAGAAAGCUUUCAGUUACAAGGAAAGCUUGACUAAACCUAAGAGAAUUCGUAGUAGAGAGAAACUUUUUGAAUGUAGUGAAUGUGGAAAAGACUUUACCCGGAAGGAAGGACUUACGAAUCAUCAGAGAACUCAUACUGGAGAGAAACCUUUUGAAUGUAAUGAAUGUGGGAAAGCUUUUACACAAAAGGGAAGCCUGAUUACCCAUCAGAGGAUUCAUACUGGAAAGAAACCCUUUGCCUGUAAUGAAUGUGGGAAGGCCUUUAGUGCGAAGGGAAAUCUUGUUUCACAUCAGAGAAUUCAUACUGGAGAAAAACCCUAUACGUGUAAUGAUUGUGGGAAAGCCUUCAGUGAGCGGGGAAGCCUCAAUAGACAUCAAAGAACUCAUACUGGAGAAAAACCCUUUACAUGUAAUGAUUGUGGGAAAGCCUUCACUGAGCGGGGAAGCCGCAAUAAACAUCAAAGAAUUCAUACUGGAGAGAAAACCUUUGUAUGUGAUGAAUGUGGCAAAGCAUUUAGCCAAAGAGCCAGCCUUAUGAUCCAUCAGAGUACUCAUACUGGAGAGAAACCUUUUACAUGUAAUAAUUGUGGGAAGGCUUUCAGGCAGAAGAGUAACCUUAAUACACAUCAGAGAAGUCAUACUGGGGAUAAAUCCUUUGUUUGUAAUGAAUGUGGGAAAGCCUUCAGUGAGAGAGGGCACUUUAUUACACAUCAAAGAACUCAUACUGGAGAAAAACCCUUUCCAUGUAAUGACUGUGGGAAAGCUUUCAGUGAGAAAGGAACCCUUACUAGACAUCAGAGAACUCAUUCUGGAGAGAAACCCUUUGCCUGUAAUGAAUGUGGGAAGGCAUUUAGUGCAAGGGGAAACCUUAUGACACAUCAGAGAAGUCAUACUGGAGAGAAAGCCUUUUCAUGUAGUGAAUGUGGAAAAGCCUUUACCCAAAGAACCAGUCUUAUAACCCAUCAGAAAUCUCAUACUGAAGACAAACCUUUUCCAUGUAAUGAUUAUGGGAAAGCUUUCCAGCGGAGGAGAAACCUUACCAUACAUCAGAAAAGUUAACUGGAGAUAAACCCUUUGUAAUGAAUGUGGGAAAGCCUUCUGUGUGAGAGGAUACUUUAUCACUCAGAGAACUCACAGUGUAAAAAAACCCUUUGAAUGUAAUGACUAUGGGAAAGCUUUCAGUGAGAAGGGAAGUCUAAAUAGACAUCAGAGAACUCACACUGGAGAGAA